GUCUAAUCCCACAGAGCAGGAGCAUGGCAGCGGCAGGAUGGCUUAGCCGCCUCACCGCCUUCCUCUCCCUGGCAUACGCCCUCGGACACGACCAAGGCGUGGCGACGGACACGUACCACGUGGGCGCCGGCCACCUCUUCCUGCUGAGCUGUGAGGGUCAAACCAACGUGACCUGGAGCCGAGGGGGGGCCACCAAUCAGAGCCUGCCCUCCGGGGUGGAGGUCAGAGAGGGGGCGCUGUGGUUUUUACCUGUCCAGGCUUCUCACGGCGGAACCUACAUCUGUGAAUUCGGUGAGGAGGGGGUGUGGUUGGAGAUCGAGGUGUCGGUGUCCAGCGGCCGGUGUCCCCCCCCAGACGAGAGCAGGUCUAUCAUCCAGGGGACCAGCGACAUCGUGCCCUGCAAACAGCCCGACGUGCUCAAGCUGAACAGCACAGCGCCCGUACGGUGGCUGAAGGACUGCGGUCCAGUGCAGCGGCGGGGGGCCCCGGCCUCCGUCAACAGGAGGGGCAACAUGAGGCUACCCGCUGCCACAGAGGAGGAUGCUGGGAAAUACACCUGCUUGGUGGAAAUCAGCCUGGAUGGCAGGAAGUACACAGCAGCCCGCAGCGUCCUGCUGAACAUCCACAACGAUACGGUUUUUUUCCGGCCGUUGGUGAUUUCCCCUAAACAGCAAACUGUGCAGGUUGACGUGGGCUCCCGGGUGGCGCUGCAGUGCCGGGCCAUGGUCGGCUUUACCGAGGACGAGGUCCUGAUGUUCUGGACGGUGAACGGCAGACACACCGACGACUACGAGCAGCUCAACGCCUCAUUCAGUUUUGAUGAGGAAGGCGGCAGGCUGGUCGCUGUGUCCACGCUGACCAUCUCCGAGGUGCUUCCUGACUUCCUGGAUGUUCCCAUUCGCUGCCACGUGGAGAACCCGCUCGACCAGGACGACGGUGAUGUGUGGCUGCGGAGAGUCGACCGCAGCCGCCUGAUCACCAGCGUGGCUCUGUGCCUCGUCUCCUCGCUGGGCCUCCUGGCUGGCCUCGCCCUCUUCCUCCUCUUUAAGGUGGACAUGGUGCUGGCAUACAGGAAACUGUGCCCACAUCUGUCCAAACAGACGCCGGACGGGAAGCUGUUUGACGCCUUCGUGAGCUGCCUGCAGGCCGACGGGCCCGGCGCCACGCGGGCCGCCAGCUUCGCCCUGCAGGUCCUGCCCGAGGUGCUGGAGGGACGGCACGGCUUCUCGCUGUACAUCCGAGGACGGGACGACUGCCCCGGGGAAGCGAUGCAUGACGCCAUCGCUGCGGCGGUGCAGAGGAGCCGCAGGUUCAUCAUCGUCCUGUCGGCGCAGAGUGACUCAUGCAGCGUUGGCGGCCGGGCGGAGGAGGCGUCGCCGCUGCUCUGCUACGAGCACAAAGUGGGCCUGUUCGACGCGCUGACGCGGCGCGAGCCCCGAGUCGUCCUGCUGGAGAUAGACGGUCCGGUGGACUACAGCGUCCUGCCCGAGUCGCUGCGUUACAUCAAGAGGAAGCAGGGGGCGCUGCGCUGGAGGACGGCCGGCUCGUCCAACAGGCUGUUCUGGAAGCAGCUGAGGUACCACAUGCCCCCGGCGCCGCAGGGGGGCGGCAGGCUGCCGUCGGACGCCGAGGCCUCGCCUCACUCUCCUUCCUGA